AGCCUCGGUCUGCUUUGCUGAGCCCUGGCUGACUGGCUCAGAGGCGGGUGUGAACGAUCAGGUGUUUGGAGGCAUCACGCUGGGAAACGGAAACUACUCCAUGGGGGGAUGUAGAAGUUAACGGCUAAAACUCCCCGCUGGAUUAUCAGCCCGUGUGCCUAACGACUACAUUUAAGACUUUUUUCUCAUGGAAGCAGAUGGAUUCGUGAGGAGGCGUCGGAUGACAGCGGAGGGUGCAGGCAGUGAUGCCGGGGUUGCUGGUGCCUCUGCAGGCGCAGAAGUUCGAUGGCUGGGGGGCAGGUUCUGGGGAGUUUCCGAAAGUAUCGUGGGGAGCCUGUCGCCGCGGAUCGCGAGCGAGGCAGAGGUGCAGACUGUUGAUUUAAUCCGCAGUGGACAGUGUGCAGAGACGGAGGACUGUGAACCAGACUAUGAGGGUCUGCCACAGGGAGCUUCCACUAGCACCCACAUGCUGGCUGGAGCCGUGGCUGGAAUCAUGGAGCACUGCCUCAUGUUCCCCAUCGACUGUGUCAAGACACGAAUGCAGAGCCUUCAGCCCGACCCAGCAGCACGCUACAGGAACGUUAUGGAUGCCCUUCGCCGAAUUAUAGCCACAGAGGGAGCGUGGCGGCCAAUGAGAGGGCUCAGUGUGACAGCAGUUGGGGCGGGGCCUGCCCAUGCCCUCUAUUUCGCCAGCUAUGAGAAACUCAAAAAGACUCUAAGUGAUGUCAUUCACCCAGGGGCUAACAGUCAUUUGGCUAACGGAGCAGCUGGGUGUGUGGCAACAGUGCUUCACGACGCGGCCAUGAACCCUGCUGAAGUUGUGAAGCAGCGCAUGCAGAUGUAUAACUCGCCAUACCGUGGCGUCUUGGACUGUAUACGGGCCAUAUGGCAUAAAGAAGGCGCUGCUGCAUUCUACCGCAGCUACACCACCCAGCUCACCAUGAACGUGCCCUUCCAGGCGCUCCACUUCAUGACUUAUGAGUACCUGCAGGAGCUGCUCAACCCCCACAGACAGUACAAUCCCUCAUCCCACAUGUUGUCAGGAGCUCUGGCGGGCGCCAUCGCAGCCGCAGCGACAACACCUCUAGACGUUUGCAAGACCCUGCUCAACACCCAGGAGUCUCUAGCCCUCAGCUCCCUGUCUUCUAGCCAAAGACGUAUCUCAGGCCUUGCCCACGCCUUCCGGACAGUGUACAGGUUGGGCGGUCUGAGGGGCUUCUUCAAAGGAGUGCAAGCGAGGAUCAUUUACCAAAUGCCGUCCACUGCCAUCAGCUGGUCGGUGUACGAGUUCUUCAAGUAUGGACUCACCAAGCACCAGCAUGACAAGAGGAGGGCACAGCACAUGGAGGCUGAGAUUUAGAUAUCUACAUUUAAUCUCUACUAAUAUCCCCCCCCCCCUCUCCUGCCCUUUCUUUGAGGAAAAACAAGACAUCAAUAUGCACAUGAAAUCUGACUGAAGUUCACCUCGGUUGACCCAUCCCUUUCAGACACGGCAGAUGAAGAAAGAAACCUCAUCUGACAGCUUCAGUAGUCUUAAUUCUGCUACACCUCAAGACUAGAUAUGAUUUAAAUUGUGCUGUUUGUCUCCUAAGUGAAAGCAUUUACACGGCUCUACAGAACUAGUUCAUCUGGAGACCUUUUCCAAAGCAACUCUUAACACCUUCUACUUUUACAUGAAGAACGCAUAAGUGUCCAGUUUGAAAGAUAGUCAGCAGAGGGCAGUAGAGUUUCUUUGUUGGUUCAAGUAGUUUCGUAAUCUUUGCUGUCAAAGGACCAGAUUUUGUUUUGACAUCCAUUGAUUUGAAGUUUACAAAUAAAGAUAUGAAGACGAGGCCCUCGGAUCUAGAGCCUCUCUAGGUUUUUGAGACUCCUGUCAUCCAAAUCCCAGAAGAGACGGUUUAUUUUAGGGCAUCGAGUCCUUUUAUACAUUUACAUCUUUAUUUAAAUACAGUUUGUUGGUUUUUUUUUUUCAUCCAGUUAGAAUCGGAAGAAUAAUGUUUGUUAAAUUUAAUUUACAUCCUCACAUUAGAAAUUCAGUUAAACCCCCUGCAAACACGGAAACCUAAAUCAUGUAAUUUGAAAUACUUUUAAAUAAUAGCGGAUAACUUCAUAGAUAAAAAAAAAAAAGUUUCGUUUCCAGUUUUGUUUGUAUAUCGACAGUGGCAGACGUUAAUAUUAUUAAGAUUUUUCUCCCCCUUUGCAACGUGUUAAAUUUAAGUGAAAUUCUUCCUUAAGAAACGAAAAUGUCUAAAUUUUGUAAAAGCUCUAAGGUAUCUGAAUUGUGUGUGUAAUUUAUUUUUAUUUGCUGAAUUUCAUGCCCAGAGAGAGAUAAACAACCAUUCACACUCACACUCGGUGUCCAAUGAAUCUACGCAGAUUCUGUUCUGAUUAUGUUGCUCUUGUUAUUCCCCAUAUGUGUGUUUAAGUCAGGCCUUUAAUCUUUCAAAUGCUUAAAUGCCAUUGUACCAGCAUAAAGAAGGCUUUUACUGUCCAUUAACUCUCUGUACUGAGCCUGUUUUCAGCUUAUGAGCUACCGAUUUUCAAUAUGUUGCUUGACUGCAGAGGUUGCGUUGUGCCCAAACUAGUUUCGAAGAGUAAUACUACAAGAGCUGUAUCUGCACCCGCAUACUGAGUACACACAAGUGGAAGCUGUCGUUCUUAUUGAUAGAUGUCUGGUUGUUUCAGACGCUGAAUUGCACUCGAUGAAUAAAGACCGAGCAGCAGGGAAUUUCUCUGUGCUCAUAAAUGAUC